UUAUUUUGGGUGUGAGGAUCAUCGCAUUUCAACUGAAUAAACUAUAAAUAAUUGUCAGUGAUAUAAAAUUGGCAGUAUCUUUGGAGUUCUCAGUAAUGAAGGCACUUGUGUUAACGUUUUUUGUAGUCUCGCUUGUAAGCGGAAAUUCACCGCGAGACUGUAAUUUACGUUAUAACUAUAAAGCACCUGGAAUUUUCGUGAAGCAAUCCAAUGGGGACUUGAGUAUCAUAACAUCUGGAAAUGGAAAAAUCCCUUUAUCGAAUGGUGACUCUAUUGAAGCCUUUUGCAGCACAAAUUUCACUGAUUUAGGUGACCAAACAUUUGAUGGGAAAUUGAAGAAUCUGACCUUCACCUGUGCAAAUGGAACUAUAUCUUAUAUUCCUGCUCCGAACUAUGCCCCCGUAAAAUUGAAUGAUAGUCAAAUGAGCUGCCAGCAGGAAGCUCUGUUUUAUGCCCAACCAGUGCCUUAUUGUCAGUUUAUGGGCCUUCAAUAUGGCUUCCAAAUUUCAAGUACUCCAAUAUCCCUUGCAGAAUUAUGUUAUAAUAAUCAGCAGUUGCAAACAACAUUUGUGCACUUUGUUCUGGGAGAUCGCUCACAAAUUUUAGGGGAACAGACAAAACUCAACCCUUCGAAUAUAUCUACAAUACUAAGCCAGCAAGCAUUCAGUUUCAGUAGUCAAGCAGUGAAUUCACAAGAAGAAUCACUGAGGAACUCCAUCGCUACUUUUGCGCCACUACUUUCCGCAGAUAUCAAAUAUGAAUUCGAAGGACUUGCUCCACUUAACCUUCUUUCCGAUAUGUUUAUCCAGUAUACCCAGGACUUUAAAUAUGCAUAUUUGGUUCCUUGGUGGUCAUCAUUGAAAAAUGGUAAUUGGAAGGCUAUUAUGGCAGCCAUCGAGAACAUCCAGGCAAAUGGUGUCUAUGAUAUCUACAUGGGGACAUCAGGGAACAUUUCAUACCCAAAUAAUAACAAUGACGAGGUUGUUCAGAUUUUGAGUUAUUCGGAUGGAAAGAUUAUAAAAGUUGUACCGAAAUAUAUCUGGGUCUACAUAAAGGAGCGAAAUACUCAGGACAAAGGUGUGACAAUUAUUGCGGUCAAUAGUCCCUUCUUUGAUGAAAAUGCCAAGGAUGCUUUCCUCUGCAACGAUGUGUGUCACAAUGUGGACUGGCUGUCUUCGUUAUUGUUAACAUCACACAUGCCAGCUUUUGGAUACGUAUAUUGUUGUCAUCCGGAUGAUGUUGGGAAAUUGUUAAAUGGAUUCCCUCAAACUAAUAAUUGAUGUCAGAACAAAUUGUCAAGUAUGAAAGAAGAUGCCAGGACAUGCAGAGACGGUGUGCAUAUGAGACAAACUGAUCCUUUCUCCUCCUGUGUGUAGCGAUUGAGAGCGGAGAUGUAGAAUUUGUCGUAGUUAUUGUUACGAGGGGAGAAAUUUUCAUAAAUUAUUUAGAUUAAGGA